AUGGGACGAUAUAUUUUAGAGGAUAAUGCAAUUCUGUUACAAGUACAACAACAGAUUACACCAAGAGUGGCCACUUCAACGGACUAUAUUUGUGAAGCGUGUCACACAUUGAUAACUGAGAGAAGUGCAAUAGCAGAAGACUUACAAGACUCUAUUCUUAUUGUGGCUCACCAAAACAUAUGCCUAAUAUGUGGUCGUUCAUUGACAAAUGCUAGAAGUCAUGAAGUCCAAGCGGAAAUCAAUCGCCAUGUUUUACACAUCAUUUGGAAUUGUGACAAAAGAAAAAAACUCGAAAAGUGA